CGGGUUCCCGGAUCCCCUUACCCCGGGCGGCUCGGCUGUCGCGCCCUGGGCCGGGGGAGGGGAGGCUGCAGGAAGCGGCGGAUCCGGCGGCUGUGGCGGUGGCCCCGGUGACCGAGCUCUUCCUGCCAUGGAGACCACAGAGGCCCGCGAGGCCCGGGGGGCCGAGGCUCAGCGCCUGCCCGCGCCCCCGCCCUCGCCCGCCGAGGCCCCGGCGGCGUCCCCGACCCCAGCCGCGCCCCGUGCCCGCCCGCGCCUCGUCUUCCGCACGCAGCUGGCGCACGGCAGCCCCACGGGCAAGAUCGAGGGCUUCACCAACGUGCGCGAGCUCUACGCCAAGAUCGCCGAGGCCUUCGGAAUUGCGCCCACCGAGAUCUUAUUCUGCACCCUAAACAGCCACAAGGUGGACAUGCAGAAACUCCUGGGCGGCCAGAUAGGGUUGGAGGACUUUAUCUUUGCCCAUGUGCGCGGCGAGACCAAGGAGGUGGAGGUCACUAAGACGGAGGACGCCCUGGGACUGACCAUCACGGACAACGGGGCCGGCUAUGCCUUCAUCAAGAGGAUCAAGGAAGGCAGCAUCAUCAACCGAAUCGAGGCAGUGUGUGUGGGAGACAGCAUUGAGGCCAUAAACGACCACUCGAUUGUCGGCUGCCGCCACUACGAGGUGGCCAAGAUGCUGCGUGAGCUGCCGAAGUCUCAGCCCUUCACCCUGCGGCUGGUGCAGCCCAAGAGAGCCUUCGAUAUGAUCGGCCAGAGGAGCCGGAGCAGCAAAUACCCGAUGGAAGCGAAAGUCAGCAGUGGGAGGGAGACCCUGCGGCUUCGGUCUGGGGGGGCUGCCACUGUGGAGGAAGUGCCCAGUGAAUUCGAGGAGGAGGCAUCUCGGAGGGUGGACGAUCUGCUGGAAAGUUACAUGGGCAUCCGGGACCCAGAGCUGGGUAAGGGGCCAGGCAUCCACCAUGGUGGAGACGUCCAAGAAGACUGUGAGCGUCCAGGAGUUUGCACGCCAUUUAGACUCCGUCUUGGGCGAGUUCGCUUUCCCGGACGAGUUUGUGGUGGAGGUGUGGGCCGCCAUCGGCGAGGCCAGGGAAGCCUGUGGCUAGUCUGCUCCGGUGCCAAGCGCAGCCCCAGCUCGGAGCCCAGCCCCCCACCCCAGCCCUCCCGGUCAGUUUCCAAAGCCCAGCCCUGCUCCAGAGUCCAGAAGCCCAGACCUGAGAUCCAGCUCUGCUCUAGAACACAGCCCAGUUCAGAGACCAAGCCUAGAUCUGAGCCCGAGUCCUGCUCUAAAGUCCAGUCCAGUUCAGGGACCAAGCUCAGAUCUGUGACACAAUGCAGAUCGGAGGCCCAGCCCUGCUUUAGAGCCCAGCCUAGCUCAGAGACCAAGCCCAGAUCAGAGCCCCAGCCCUACUCUAGAGCCCAGCCCAGCUCAGAGACCAAACCCAGAACUGAGAUUCAGCCCUGUUCAGAGACCAAGUCCCCCUUUAGAACCCAGGUCAGUUCUGAGACCCAGUUCAUCACUAGAACCCCAUCCAGUUCUGAGAUGCAAUCAAGCUUCAGAACCCAGCUCAGUUCUAGAGCCCAGGAUGGCUCUAGAGCCCAGGACAGCUCUGAGGCUAAGUGGAGCUUUGAUGUGAAGUCAAGCUUUGGAACCCAAAUAAAUUUGAAGACCCAGCCCAGUUCUGAAAUCCAACCUGGUUCUGGAAGCCAGGCCAGCUUUAUGACCAAGCCCUGCCAUAAAACUCGAUCCAACUCUGCAGUUCAAGAUAGCUCCAUGACUCAGCCGAACCUGGAUACUCAAUGUAGCUCAGGAACACCAGGUAGUUCUGGAGCCCACGUAAGACUCAAGAGGAAGUCCAGCCCUGGAAGCCCCUCCAGCUUAGCAGUCAAAGACGGUUCUGAAAUGCAACCCUGUUCCCGAACCCAGGCCAGCUCAGGAACCCAGAUACACACUUCAGUCCAGCCCAGGUCCAGACCCUAUCUGCGUCCUAGGGCCCAGUCCAGCUCCAGUGAUGAAUCCAGCUCAGAGAACGAGCCCAGCUCUAGCCCCCAGCCUUGUGCAACAAGCAAACCCAUCUCCAGGAUUCAGACAAGCUCUGGACCCCCACCCACUGCUGGGGCAAGACCUGCCUCCAGAGCUCAGCCUGAUGCUGAGCCCCAUGCUCAUUGCAGAGCACAGAGCAACUCUAGAAUGCCAUCCAGCUCUGGGACAAGGACUAAUCUCCGGGCUUGGCCUCUUUCCAGAGUUCAGUCCACCUCCAGCACUCCACCCAGCUCCAGAACUCAGCUUGGUUCUAGAGCCCAGGCUGGCUCUGGAAUCCCACCUGGCUUCAAAACACAGUCAACUGCUGAGACCCAGGUGCAUUCCAGAAUACAGCUAAUAUCUGGAACCCGGUCAAGUCCUGGGACCCAGAAGGAUGCAGACACAGACUUCAGCUCCACAGCUGUGUCAAACUCCGAGAGUAGGCCCAGUUCAAGGACCCAGCCCUGCCCAGGAGCUCAAAACACCUCUGAGGCUCAGCUCAGCUCAGAAAGCCUGACAAGUUCUAGAAACCAAAUCCAGGCCACAACCCAGGGCAGCUCUGGGACUGAGCCAGACUUUGGGAAACAGACCAGCUCUGGAACGCAGGUCAUCUCUAGAACCCCUCCCAGCUCAGAGAUGCAGAUAAGUGCAGGAACUAAGCCCCGCUCUGGAGUCAAGCUCAACUCCAAAACCCAACUCAGCUCCACAGUUCAGUUCAGGUCUGAGAUGCAAGCCAGCUCUAAAACCUGGAGCAAUUCAAGAGUACAGUCCAGCUCUGGAUCCGAAACCGGCUCCAGAACCCAGACCAGUUCUGGAACCCAGCUGAACCCUGAGAUUCAGCCCAGCUCUAGGACCCAGACCAGUGAAAGAACUCAGUCCAGCUCUGGAGUCCAGCUCAGCUCCAGAACACAGCCUGCUUCUGGAUGCCAACCUGGCUCUAGAACCCAGACAAGUUCUGGAACCCAGCUCAGUCCUGAGACCCAGCCCAGCUCUGGGACCCAGACCAGUGCAAGAACUCAACUCAGCUCUGGAGUGCAGUUCAGCUCCAGAACCCAGUGCAGCUCUAGAAUUCAGCCCAGCUCUGAAACCCAGACCACUUCAAACACUCAGCCCAGCUCUGGAGUCCACCUUAGUUCCAGAACUGAAUCUGAUUCUAAAACUAGAAGCCAGACCAGUCCAAGAAUCCAGCUCAGCUCUAGAAAGGGGCCCUGCCCACAGACCCCAGGCCUUGACCCCAGAACCCAGCCUGAUCCCACCCCUUAUGCCCGACCUCAACACCUAGGCCCACCACCCAGAGCCCCAACUCCAGAUCCUAGCCAAAUCUCUUGCGCCCAGCCCCAGCCCCAUGAUCUGGCACGAGGAACCCCGCCCAACCCUAGCCCUGGCCAAAGCCCCUCAACUUCUCCCCUGGCCCCACACCCACAGUCCCCCUUCAUCCCCCAGAAACCAGCCCUUUCCCCCAAGCCCCAGCUGGGACCCCAGAAGUCUACCCCACCCACCAAAUCCAUCAUCCCUAGUUUUGCCCCCAGGGUGGCCCUCCUUCGUUCUCAGCCCCUUGAACCCUCAUUUGAGGGGCCUGCCCCCUCCUCCAUGCUCAGGGAGUCUGGGUUACCUCCACGGGAGUCAGAGCUCCUACCCCACCAUGGAGGGCAGUAGCUUGGGCGUGACAUAGUUGGGGCCCCCAUCCUGCUCCUCCUGCUCCUCCCUGCCUGGGUUGCCCAGAAGUAGCAGGUGACCUCAUUCCACACCCACCCCGCACAUGGGGUGGGGCAGGUGAGGAAGGGAGGAUGGAAACAGCUGAUCCUAGGUCUAUGGGAGGGCAGUGGGGUAGGGGCGGGCAGGGGAGGCAGGAGGCAGUUUCCUUUUCAUGUACCUUGAGGGCUUGAGGGCUCGUGGGGAAUAAAGGCAUAAAGGCACCUCCCACCCCUGCAGCCUGAUGUGUUAUUUUGGUGGGUAUUUGGGGGAGAGCAGAGGAAGGGGGCUGACACGAAAACACUAGAUGCUUCUUAAGUGCCUACUAUGUGCCAGGCACCUUAUAAGUGCUAAUUGUGCAGGUGUUGAGGGCCCUGCAGACACACAUCAGUCUGUAUAAGAUCAGUC